AUGGAGCCCGCGGUGGAGAUCGGCGAGGAGGCUGCGGCUGCCGGCCCCGGCCCCGGCGUGCAGCUCCGCCGGGACUUGCGGAGGAUCCGCUGCGCGCUGCUGCUGUGCCUGCUGGCCGUGCUGCUGCUGAUGCUGCCCACCGCCUACCUGCUGCUCGGGAACCUGCGGGCGCCCGGCUCCUGCGGCGGCCAGGUCACCGAGGAGAGGGGCCCUCACUUUCUCAAGCAACGAGCAGUGGCUGCAGUUAUGGGCACUCUUUCCAGUGCAGAGAAGCCACGAGCUCACCUGACAGUGAAGAAGCAGGACCUGGCCAGUACCGUGGGGAGCCACCUGCCCAUCCUGCAGUGGGAAGACAAGCGAGGCCUGGCCUUCACCAAGAACAACCUGAGCUACUCCAGCAACGCCCUGGUGAUUCCCGUCUCCGGGGACUACUACGUGUACGCCCAGGUCACGUUCCGGGGGCCCGUGGAGAGCAGCCACAAGCCCAGCUCUGUCACCGAGAUCAUCACCAAGGUCACUGACAGCUACCCCGAGCCCACCCAGCUGCUGACGGGCACCAAGACCCUCAGUGAGAACGGCAAUGGUUGGUUCCAGCCCAUCUAUCUGGGCGCUGUUGUCUCCUUGGAGGUGGGAGACAAGCUGAUGGUCAACGUGAGUGACAUCAAGCUGGUGGAUUACACCAAGGAGCACAAAACUUUCUUUGGGGCCUUUCUGCUGUAGGGCUCAGGCAGCAGCUGGUGGGGGAUCCCUCGGGGGGACCUCGUUGGACUUUGGCUUUGUGGGCGCGUGUUGGGGUGAGAUCUCUGCUGUUUUCCUUCUUCACCUCCUUUAUCUUUUUCUUCUUCUGUGCCGUCACUCCCCUGCAGCUCACUAGAGCCCUAAUUUAAUGGGUAGGGAAAGAUGAAGCUGCAGGUUGAAGUGAAAUAACCAGCCCCUCCCCCCCCAAAAAAAAACAACAAAAACCAACCAAAAACUAACUCAGAAAAACCAAAAAAAAACCAAAAAAGCAAAAAAA